GAUAAUAAGAAAGAGUUUCUGUGUUGUUCCUUGACAUAUGAAGCACUCCAAAUGGGCCACACCGAAGCUUAAGUUUUAUUACCUAUCCAGAUUGGGGUGUGUGGACCCAAUUGUGUGAAGGAAAGAGAUAGGGAGAGGUUUCGAAGAUUAAUUUUGGACCUGUUAUUUAGCAAGAAACUUGAACUAUGCAGACAAUUAAGUGUGUCGUUGUGGGAGAUGGUGCUGUUGGUAAAACAUGUCUUCUAAUUUCUUAUACAACAAAUAAAUUUCCCUCUGAAUAUGUACCAACGGUGUUUGAUAACUAUGCUGUAACAGUGAUGAUCGGCGGGGAGCCGUAUACCUUAGGCCUGUUUGAUACAGCAGGACAGGAAGAUUAUGACAGAUUACGGCCCCUCAGCUACCCACAGACAGAUGUGUUUCUGGUCUGCUUCUCUGUGGUCUCGCCCUCUUCGUUUGAGAACGUUAAGGAAAAGUGGGUCCCUGAGAUCACUCACCAUUGUCCGAAGACUCCAUUUCUGCUCGUCGGGACGCAGAUUGAUCUCAGAGACGACCCCUCCACGAUUGAGAAGCUUGCCAAGAAUAAGCAGAAGCCCAUCACUCCUGAGGCAGCGGAGAAACUGGCCCGGGACUUGAAGGCCGUCAAAUACGUGGAAUGCUCUGCGCUCACACAAAAAGGACUAAAGAAUGUAUUUGACGAAGCGAUACUGGCUGCUCUGGAGCCCCCGGAACCGAAGAAGAGCCGUAGGUGCGCGCUGCUAUGAACGUCUUUGCCUCUUCACGGCCCCUCCUGCCAAGCCUGGUGUUGAUGUCAUACUAAAAGCAAUGUUGAAAUCAAAACUAAAAAGAGUCAGAUUUUUCCAAUAUUUUCAUUUUUUUUUUUAAAUUUUUAUUUUUUCCCCCCUCCCAAUCAUGACAAAAUGCCGUGCGCCCUUUCCCCGUCGCGCUCUCUGUAGGAAAGGCGAAGCCAUUCGCCCUUUUCUUCCAGUGCCCUUCAGUUAGACUAAUUCUUUUUAAGAAACCAACAUAGAGUAAUGUAUCUCGACACUGAUUAGUACUAGGUUUCUUUUUUCUUUUUUGUUUUUGUUUACUGUUCAAUUUGUUUUUGUGUUUGUUUGUUUGUUUUUGAGAUUCAGGCAUGCUUAAAUGAUUUUUGUUCUUCCUGUAACGGACUAACUCUUAAGUCUCUAGCCUUCAGACCCUCUUCCACCCCUGCUAGGCUGGCCGUAUUUUGGAGCCUGUUGUGUUAUUUCCGCAGCCAGCUUCCAAGUGAAGGGUUGAGCAGGCUUCAGUCCGCGGGGCAGAUUCUGCGAGCUGAGAGCGGCUGUCCCAAAACUGGUGCUCCUUUUGAAGGGAGGUGUCAGUUCAUCUCCUCUGAAGCGGCAUCUCCUCUGAAGUUGCCUUGGCGCUCUCUCGUGUUCCCUUCUUUCCUCCAAAGCAGGUCGGGAACCUCGGCCCUCUCUUUUCGAAGACACAAAAAUCUCAAUUAGCCCGUCGUCGGUCCAUUCAGCCAAAAGCUUUUUUUUUUUGGUGUGUCUGUGUGUGUCUGCGCGCGUUUAUUCCCACUGGGGGAAGCCCACUCGGUUUUGCCAAUUGCUGAUGUUUUUGAGGGUUUUUUUUGUUGUUAGUUGAGUUUCACAAAAAAACAAAACCAGCACACCUGGCAAUAUAUGAGAUGUUUAAUGGAAAAGAGAGAAGAGCCUGCUUUUAUAAAGGCCAUUUCAAGUUUCUGGGGUCUGUUCUUCCACCAUCCGUUCUCUUGGUAAGAAGAGGCUUCCCGCGAUCAGCAAUAUUACGUAUCUCUGCCUUCAGCUGUUGGAGAGUUGGAAAGACACCGAAAGAGACACGGAGAAGAUAACGUCAGUAGGGUAUGGCGAAGGCUGGCAGAAGCUGUGAUCAAACCAGGCCCCAUCCUUGGUCUCCUGAUGGGUGAGGAUCUCUUAACUCCAGUGUUCGUAGGGAUCUUCCCAAAAUACACCCCUGGCUUAAUAACUUCUCAGAUCUACCCAGAUUCUAAUUCUUGUAGACUCAUUAGUGUUGAACUGAUGCUUUUUUCCCCCCUCUCCAUGUCUGAGUUCUUUGUAUAUGCCUUUUUUUUUUCCAGAUGUAUUAAACAUAAAACUAUCUUCACAA